AGCUCAUCACAUGAUUCUUCUCUUGUGACAAUCCAGACAGAAAGGAAAAGCUUUUCCGACUUCCAGUUGAGUUUUGUGGCGCUGUGAUGACAGAUGACUGUUGUUUUGGUAUCAGAGGACCAACUUUAAGGAGGGAAAUGGAGUUGAGUUAACCAUUUACCAGACAAACUCAGAUCAUUCCCGUCUCUAAACUGGACGUUUGGGUUGUUGCGCCGCCGGGGACAAAGUUGGCGCAUGGAGAGGGACGAAGUUUCAUUUUUACGCUGCGUAUUUUCUUUGUUUUUGUCGCCACUGCGUACUAUCCAGCGUCACGUAGCAACAAACGCCAAGUAGUUCAGUUUUCGACCCUUUUCUGUGGCUGAUUUGAGGUCAGACAACGAGACAAGUUGAGGACACGUUACGUCGGGUGAGAUGGUGGACAGCAAACCUCUUCUCCAGGACAGACCGCCCGCCUACAACGCCGUCCCGGCUGCUUACGAGUACGGCCCACAGCAGCUAAACUAUGGGGCCAUCCCCCCAGCGGGCCCGCCACCCUACGCGUACCCCGAUGGCCAAGGUUACCCAUCAGCCCAAAUGGGCCCUGCUGUAUCCCAGCAGCCCUACACCGGGUCUUACACCAUCAUCCAACCCUCUGUAGUGGUGGUGGGAGGCUGCCCUGCUUGCAGAGUUGGUGUCCUCGAGGAUGACUUCACCUGCCUGGGGAUCCUGUGUGCCAUCUUCUUCUUUCCCUUGGGUAUCCUCUUCUGCUUUGCACUGCGCCAGAGAAGGUGUCCCAACUGUGGCGCCACCUUCGGCUAGAUGGACCAAACUACAGCUCUCGCACACGCUUCUCCUCCCAUGCAUACACACACACACACACAUAGAUAAUCCAGGAUUUUUGGUUUAUUUUCUUAUCUUUUGUUAAUACUGCACAUUGCUGUUCUACCAUUAUGUGAGAAAUGAUCUAGAUAUUGCCAUAAAUUACGAUGUUUCUAUUAGAGGCAUGUGUAGAAAUGUUUUCAUUUGCAAGCUGAGGAUGUACCCUAAUAUAUGUAAGUGUCCAGCUGUUGUCAGUGCCUUCACUACAUGCUGAGUGAUCAUCAGAUUCCAUCAGUCAUGAUUUCUUUUGAAGAUUUCGCUCUUUAUCCGAGGAUCUGAGCAGAUUCCUUUGUUUUGCCAAGUCACAUUUAACCAAGGUAGAUGUAGUUUUUUCCUUUUUUUUUUUUUUUCUUUUUGUUAACAUUGUGCUUAGUACACAGUGCCCUCAGAUCUUUGAAUUAGCUUUUCUUUUUUUGGAAUUUUCUCAGAUUUUUUUUGUUCCUUGUUUGGGUCACUGUAUUACAUGGAAUAACACAUAGAACAUGUUAAAGGUGAAUAUAAAUCCAUGGAUAUAAAGUGUUCCAGCUGAAAUGGUGGAAUUGUAUUAGUUUUAUGUUUUUAUUUCUUGGGGCCAUAUUUGCACUGACCGUUUGUCUGAUUAUUAUUUUUUUUUUCUGCUGAGUUGUGCUUUCCAGGGCCAAUGCAGACCUCAGGUAGAUACAAUCUGAAAUGCCCUCGACUUUGCAACCUCAACCACUGUUUGACUUCAGACUUCUUAUUUUAAAAGGAUACUCGUGUCAAAGCGCAGACUCCUCAAUUAAGAUUUACUUCAAGGAAGCAUGCUGAGUUUAAAAACUGAAGCAAUCUAUCAGUAAUGUGUAUAAGCUCUGGAUUUCUUUUCCUGUGUGACAAGUCAACAUGCACCAUUCCUCCCAGCCAGACAAUCGAUUGAGAAUGUCCACGUCUCUGUAUCUGCAGUAUCACCAUGUCUCUACGUCUUCCAUCAGAGCAAGAUGUUAUAAAACUGUCCCUGGCAGAAGAAAAGGAGCUAUAACAGGGUGGGAGGGAUUUAAAUAAAUAUAUCUUGCUUUAGAAAACACACUACGCACGCUGUUAUGAUUGAGGUUCUUACUUUUUUAUAUGUUAUUGUAAUUAAAAAUGAAUACU